AUUUGUUUCGUGGCCGAUCAAGGUUUGGUUCUGGGAAAAAUAACGUUUAUGGUUUAUAUGGUAGCUUUAGCGAUCGAGUUUAUAUCGUGUGAUAUUUGGCUUUUCAAUAGAGUUUCGUGUGCAACUUCAAUAGACUAUCCGUUCAGUGCCGUUAUCAGUAGUAGAAAACAAAAGCAAUCAGUAAAUUGCGAUUAAUUGCAAUGACCUUUGUAUCGCUACGCUUUGGAAAGGCAUUUCAUCUGCCGGUUAGGACGUUUUCCACAAGCUCGGUGCUUGCUCGCGAUGGUUCGUCGGAAUCAUGGCUCAGCAAACUGCUGGUCCGCAAGAUUGAGCCGACCAAAGAGUCCCACAGCAGGAUGCUGAGUGACAAAGAGAUUAUCUACGAACUUCACACGCACAAUAUACGGCCGGAUUCCGUAGCCCAAUAUCUCGAUAAUUACAAGAAAUCCUUGGAAAUCGUGUCAUCGAAAAAAAAUUUAACAAUAGAACUGAUCGGAUCUUGGAGUGUUGAUGUUGGCGAUUUGGAUCAGUGUUUGCAUCUUUGGCGCUACACUGGUGGAUUUGAAAUGGUGGAUCAAAGCAAGAAAACCCUACACAACGAUCCGGACUAUGUCAAGCUAACUCAAGAACGGGGUACGUUCCUACGAUCUCGUCAUUUGCAAUAUCUGUUGGCAUUUAGCUAUUGGCCUCAGCUGGCUUUGCGAAAAGAUAAAAACAUCUACGAAAUACGAUCCUAUCGUUUGAAGCCGGGCACCAUGAUCGAAUGGGGCAACAACUGGGCUCGGGCGAUCAAUUACCGCCAAAAUAAUGAUGAAGCCUUUGCAGGCUUCUUUUCUCAAAUUGGUCGCUUGUAUAAUGUGCAUCACAUUUGGUGCUAUAAGGAUCUUCUAUCGCGCAAGGAAACACGAGAGUCGGCGUGGAGAUCGCCUGGAUGGGACGAAUGUGUUGCAUACACUGUCCCGUUGAUCCGAGAAAUGCACUGCCGGAUCUUGAUUCCGACUGAGUUUUCCCCUACAAAGUAAAGCAUGAACAACGGACAGUAAAUCCUUGAAAUAUCGAAGCUGAACCGGAAUGUUAACUGCAUUAAUGUAUUGUGGAACUUUCUUCAAACGUAUAGCAUUUAUAUUACCCUAAUGGAGGACGGGUUUACGCGAAACUAUAUUGCAUUUGAAGCAGCAUACGAAACAAAAUAAGGUUUAAAAGUUAUGUAAAAGUUUAAGUUGGCUUUGUAAUCCCAUUAUUAGUUUUUCUUAGCUUUGUUUUGAAAAUGUCGAAAAUAUAUCAAAUCUGUGUAGAGUU